GCAAAGGCUUCCGCCCUUGGCGGCUCCCUGCCACCUGCAUAAAUGGAGCAUGUUGAGGGUGUGAAAACUAGUGUGGAGGCAGAGGCGGCGCGGGUUGUGUUGGUUCUGGGUCUCCAUGUUGAAGCAGUUCUCCAGUGUCCCAGGCUGCUGAGAUCUCACCGGCCGAGUCCCCGCGGCGCGGCCGCAGUGCCAUGCUAGCUUCGCGCGUGGCGCGCGGUUCGUGGGGGGCCCUGCGUGGCGCCGCUUGGGUUCAGGGGACGCGGCCGGGCAAGGGGCGCACCUGCGGGGCCCUUCUGCCACCCGUGCCCUGCUGCUUGGGCUGCCUGGCCGAAGGCUGGUGGCUGCGUCCGGCCGCGCUUGGCUUGCGGUUGCCCGGGGUCGGCCAGCGGAAACACUGCUCGGGCGCGGGGAAGGCGACCCCCAGGCCAGCGGUCGGAGCGGGCGCCGCCGCCGAAGAUCCGGGCAGCCAGUGGGGCCCGGCUAGCGCUCCUAGCCUGGUACGUACGGACGAGGCGGCGGCGGGCCGGCACCGGGCUGGGGUCGCCGGCCCUGGACUAGAGUAACGUGCUCUGGGUGGUGCAGCUCGCACGCUUCCGUUGCCUAACUUUUAGACCGUCCGCUGAAAAGAAGUUACUGGCAGGUCAUUCUGUCGGGAUGAAUUUUAGAGUUACAAGCGGGACCACCUACGGUCUCGGUGGUCAAGUUAGAAACCCUCUCUCAUCCCCCUUCUAUCUGCACCCGUUGGUGAAAGGGCCUCCACUGCAUACUGCAUUGGUAAAGUAUGAAAACCCAUGGACAAUCCCAAAUAUGUUGUCAAUGACGAGAAUUGGCUUGGCCCCAGUUCUGGGCUAUUUGAUUAUUGAGGAAGAUUUUAAUAUUGCACUAGGAGUUUUUGCUUUAGCCGGGCUAACAGAUUUGUUGGAUGGAUUUAUUGCUCGAAACUGGGCCAGUCAAAAAUCAGCUUUGGGAAGUGCACUUGAUCCACUUGCUGAUAAAAUACUUAUCAGUAUCUUAUAUGUUAGCUUGACCUAUGCAGAUCUUAUUCCAGUUCCACUUACUUAUAUGAUCAUUUCAAGAGAUGUAAUGUUGAUUGCUGCUGUUUUUUAUGUCAGAUACCGAACUCUUCCAACACCACGAACACUUGCCAAGUAUUUCAAUCCUUGCUAUGCCACUGCUAGGUUAAAACCAACAUUCAUCAGCAAGGUAAAUACAGCAGUCCAGUUAAUCUUGGUGGCAGCUUCUUUGGCAGCUCCCGUUUUUAACUAUGCUGACAGCAUUUAUCUUCAGAUACUGUGGUGUUGUACAGCUUUUACCACAGCUGCAUCAGCUUACAGUUACUAUCACUAUGGUCAGAAGACUGUGCAGGUGAUAAAAGACUGAUGAAAGUCAUCCAUCACCGCUAGCAAGGAAGCAAUAUGCAUCAUUGGCAAUCGGGUCCGUGGAAAUCUACAAGAGUUUCCCUAUUUUGGUGUUCAGCUUGAAAAAGGACUUGUCAGAACCAAAAUUUAAGUAAUGUGCAUUGAAAAUAAGCUUUGAUCAUGGUCAUAUGCAGAAUUUCCAAUGUAUUUUUAAAUACAAAUAAAACCAUAAUUUAGAAUUUUUAA